UGAUGGUUGUGUUGUGACGGUUUCAUUUUUAUAUCAUCAUUAACUACAGACAUUGAACAGGCUUGGAAUGUGUGUAAAUGUAUUUUAAGGCACUUCUGGCAAUAAGACAUUCUGGUGUUUUUAGUAUCAUUAUAAUAUUAUUUUUUUUGUUGAGCUACACUUGUAUUGCAGAUAAAUCCAAUGAAGACUUUGUGUUAUGUGACAAUAAUCCAUUGUUUGCAAGUAGGUCUUUCCUAAAAGUAACACACUGCAAUUUGAUAUAAAAAAAGACAUCUGGUCUGAUCUGCAUCUGACACACAGGCAUCUAAAUAACAGUCAACAUUAGAGUCAUCAGGUCUUUGGACUGUGUAAAAAAGCAGAGAGCAACAGUGUGUGAAUUCUAGAUCAUCUGGUUGUGAAGCGACGGCCCAGUGUUACAGUAGCUGCUGCACCACUGUGUGUCUUGUGCAAGUUCCUUCUUUAUAUAAUGUGAAAGAACUUCACACUGAAAUUACAGUGUAUAAACACUGUAAACACAGAGUGAGAAAAGAGAAGGAAAAGGAAAGAAACAGCUCUUUAAAUAUUUUAAACAUAGUAAUAUUUUUGUAUUUGUUCCUCAUACAUUUGGAUAAAACUCCAAAGAAUCAUCUACCACAUUUGUGCCACUUUUUUUAACCCUCACUUCCUCUUUUAUUUCAGUCGUCUACGUUUAGAUGGUGUCAUCACAGUUACGCUCUUAAAAUAACGUAUCUGUCUAAACAAUUUUAACACUGUAUGUUUCUUCACAUUUGCCAUAACCAUUAGUACAAGUUGAUUGCUUUCCUUUUUCCUUCAACUGAAGGCUUUAGAUGACGAGGUUAUGUGGAGGAAGGCGGGAUGACUUUUAGAAACACAGCAGUGGUGAAGUCAUUUUUAGUCUUGAAUAAUAAAACAUGAGCUGUCGCUCCUAUUUGUUUGUUGGUUAAUUCUUCAUUUUUAACGUCGGUUCUAUUUAAGAGCUCUCUUCUUUUUUUCUGUUCUCUGCUUAAAGAACGACAGCAACAUAAGUCACAUCAUAUUUCACAGCAUUAACUUGUAAACACAACUGUUAAAAUGUAAACAGUAAUUACUGUAAUACUGUAGGGACUAUUUAGUAUCACGUCGACCUUAAUGAGCUGAAUUACAAACCUGUUACAGUGAAUGUGUGAAACGUUCCAUGUAAUUGUUUCUGCUCGUCUUAAAGUGAGAUGGCUGCAGCUCUGAUCCUCCUUUUCGCUGUCUGUCUCCUGCCAGGUUCUUUGUGUAGAGAGUUUAAGGUCAUUCUGCCGCCACCGAUUGAAGUUUUGAACGGAUCUUGUGUGACCGUUCCGUGCUCCUUUGACAUAGAAGAGAAACAUGAUGAAGAAUUAGAUCACACAUGUACGGCACAAUGGUUUAUUAUUAAAGAAACUGUGUUUGGUCGCCAAAGUACUCAAAUGGAGAGAAAACUCUUAGGAAACUUGACUAACAAAGACUGCACCACAACCUUGAAUAAGACACCAUCUGAUGACGCAACAUAUGAGUUUAGACUGGAAUGUCACAGUCUCAAGUAUUCAUUUACUAAACAAAAUCUGACUAUUGUAGCCAAAGCUGAUCCUCCACGUCCGACUCUCAGUCCAUCUACACUGGAGGUGAGAGCAGGAGCCUCAGUGACUCUGAGCUGCUCGGCUCCAGCUCCCUGUCUGUCUCUACCUCCACAUAUAACGUGGACCUCUGGCCUCGGGGACAGUCAGGAGACAAUGAAGGAGCUGGAGGACAAAACUCAGGUCAAGACGUCUGUACUGAACGUCACCAUUUCACGCCUGCAUCACAAAAAGGAAAUCUCCUGUACGGCCGCCUACAGCAAAGGAAAUGGAGACACAGCGUCAGCAGUGUCAACUUUAACAGCCGUGGUUUCAUUUCCUCCACAGAUCCUGCACUCAUCUAUUUGCACCACAACUCCAUCAGAGGUCACCUGCUCCUGUGAGACUGAGGGCAACCCUCUCCCCACGGUUUACUGGUAUCUGGAUGGAACACAUCUCAGUCACUCUGACACAUUUACAAUAAGCACAGAGGCUCAUGGUGAUACAGGCCUGAAGAGCAUCAUCACUGUAUGUCAGUCGGACAUGAAGCAUCGUUCCAUCUUGGUCUGCAACAGCUCCAACUCUCUGGCCUCCAUAAGCCGACGUUUAUAUAACAGCCAUGAGCAGCAAGGUCACGUUCAAACGACAUUGACAGUCAUCACCGUAUUAGUUGGUUUAUUAUUAGUAAUAUGUGCUUUGCUUGUGAUCAUUGGCAUCAGGACGAAGGCUGCUCACUGCUCCUCACCUAAGAGGCAGAGCACCGGAGGCACCAGCUCAGCUGCUCUCAGCCACUUUGAGUCAAGCACAGAAGCAAAUGAGCUAAACAACACAGAAGAGGAGGCAGUUCAUACGAACAUCAUCCAGAUCAGACAAGCAGACGUUCUCCUUCCUACAAGUGGUGGAGACGGGGCUGUGAUUUACUCCACUGUGAUGGUGAAGAGCAAACGCAAAAAGCAGCAGCAGCAGCAGCAGCAGUGAGGCGACUCUACAGACCUGCGUCUGACCAGCAGCUCAUACGCACUGGGAACGGAUGCAGACACUGAACCAUGAGCGGUGGAAAACAAAGUAGAAUGUGAAUAUUCUCAAUUUAAAGCCAUGAGUACUGUGAUCCUUCAUCUUUAAUUACUUUAAGGUGAGGUAGACUUUCCUUGCUGAAAGUACAACUUCUAAUUGUUUUCUUGUCAAAUCUCUGGACAAAAAAAAUGUAAAAAAGAAACAAUAUAAACAUUUGUCUUCUCUAAUCAUCUUAGGUGUCACACUCUGGACUUGUGUUGAUUUUUCUGGUUCUUUUACCUGUUUUAUUUUUGUGCUCUUCUUACUGUCGCUCCAGGUCUAACCUGAGCUUCACAUACGGUCACAUGACUCACGCAGCUGCAAUCAAUUGACAAUCUAUGUUGUAUUUAGUCUCCAGCACUCACCUCAUUCCUCUGCCAGAUUGUCGCGUGUUAUCACCACUUUCCAGCAUUAGAUCAAACCUGUUACCGAACCUCAAACCGAACCUUGCCUGAGCUCUGAUUCACCUGAACCCUGUCUGUACCGUCGCCUGAUCUGACCACCUGUUUAUCUGACUACCGUACCUGUAUCUCUGGACCUGUGAUUGAAGCCUGAAAUCGUACCGACCUGUCACUGUCAGGGCCGUGCAUGUGGGUCCGCCAUAUUAAGCCGCCAAAUAUUAGGAAAAUGCUGCUCAUUUUUAUCUGUGGACUCAAACAGUGUCAGGUUCUGGCUCUGUUAUCAGGUUUAUUUUGAAGGCACCUUGUUUUUCUGUCAUAUCAUCAUGUUUUGGGUUCCAGUUUCCACUUCCUGUCUUUAUUUUGGUAGUCUCCCGCUUUCUGUUUUCGGUUCCAGCUUUACUUCCGGUCCCCAUUAGUCACACCUGCUCCGUAUCAAGUAAUCACUUCUUGUAUUUAACCACCACCUGUUUCCUCAGUUCCCCGCCAGAUCGUCGCACGUAUGCCAGACAUCCAUUCCCAGCACUUAGUUAUCCUGUUCGCGUGUUUUGAUCCUGCUCUGUUUUUGACUUCUGAUUCUCGCCUGCUCUUUGAUCUGUACUGUCGCUUGGAUAACUCUGGAUUAACGAACCUGACCGCUCGACUACGAGACAGCCUACUCCCUUACGGUACUGUAAACUGUGAUCUUCCGUUACCGAAUCUCUGCCUGUCCCCGAAUCUGAACCAGCCUGCUCCACCGGUACCGUAGCCCCGUGAUUGACUGUGUAUGAUCCGGACCGCCUGUGAUUCUGCAAUAAACCGUUUAACCCUACGUUCUGCCUGUGGUCUCCGUGCUGUGCAUGUGGGUCCUUUCAUCUGCCGCCCUGACAAACAGGAAGGCACAUCUUUCUGUGAAGUCGCUUGAUCUAUUUUAAGCUUACUACUUGCACCAAUCAACAGAAGCUUUGUGGCUGUGACGCUUCCACCACAAAUACAAGUGUCGUGUGUAGACAGCCCUCUGUGACUGUGUGCAGGGGGCGAGUUGUAUUUUUACCUUACACCUAGUGUUACUUCACAGCCUCCUUACGCUGCUUUAUGGAUCACUGUGUGUGCAGUGUUCAUUUACAGAAAACAGUGAGAUGGCUGCAGCUCUGAUCCUCCUUUUCGCUGUCUGUCUCCUGCCAGGUUAGUUGCAAUGCUCCUUUAAUUCACUCAUUGACUAAAGAAACACUGUUAACCAGCACUCACAGUAUCUGUAAUACAUGCGACACCAAACACAGGUGAACUACACACAUGUUCUGCUAUUGACCUCAAAGCUCAGAGACAUCCUGAAAUUCUCCCUUAGACUCUAAUGAUAAUUUUCGGCAGACGUCUGGGGAGACAUAUUUUGAAAUUGCGACUGUGGCUUUUCUCCUCAAACAUAAAAUUAACUCCACGUGUUCAGAGAAGCCUUGGAAUUCAUAAAAUGAAAAUAUUUUUGUAACAACUAUUAUGGUUUUGCUGGAAUAAGCCUAUUUAUCAAGCGUGAAAGUUUGCUUCACAUAGCAGAGUGAGCCUGAUCUUCCCGCCUUUCGUCUCCAUGGCAACGGCGCAGCUGCAGAUUUGACUGACAGGUCAAACUCCUGAUGCUCAGUAUGCACAGCAGUUCCAUGCUUAUUACUGAUUAGUCAACUACACUAUUAGACUGUGUAGUAAUUAAGCACACACUUACUUUAAAUCCUUUUAACAUAAAAGCACCAAGCCAAAUAAUUAGCUUUAAUAGCAAUAUUUCUGCUUUUUUGCACUGAAAUACAAAUUAAAAUGUUCAUCUAAAGUUUCAGAAAUUUCCUUGUUACUAGACAUGAAUUCACCAUUUGUGUUUGUG